UAUCUUUACUUAUAUAGAAUUUUCUUUAAAAGUUUAACAAAAAUGGAUCCAAAGUUCAAUUUGGCACAAACAAAUAUGACAAGAAAAGCAAGCCUAAAUUCAAUAGAAAGUGGAUUUGUCUCUUUAAAUGACCCUAAAACAAAAGAAACGGCGACUGUUGAAAUUGGUUUAAUUUCUAAUAAAAUUGAGGAGAAAGAGAAAGAUGUCAAAAGUUUUACAAAAAGUGUAAAAAUACCCAAUCUCUUAAAAGAGCUGGUGGAGAAGGCAAAGCUUAAUGCUAAGGUUUGUGUUAUUUUUUGAGGGUUUCUCCAGUGAUUUAAAAGUAGACAGC